AUGGAUUUAACACGUUGGGAACAAAAGGAUUGCAUGAAUACUUUAGUUUGUUUUCUUAUUGGAAUGAAAGGUAAAGCAGUCAUUGUUGAACUGAAAAAUGAAUCGUUUAUCCAAGGAAAACUUAUCGAUAGUGAUCUCCAAAUGAAUUUAUACUUAUCAAAUGUGACAAUCAGUCGAAAUCGUAAUAAAUUUGAGAUAACGAAGUGCGAUGAAUUUUUCAUUUCUGGAAGUAACAUUCGCAUGGUUCAUUUUAAUAAUAACAUAGAUGAAAUAUAUGCGAUUAAUCGAUCAUUUAAACUGAUGGGCAAAGGGAAGGGCAAACGAUUCGAGACUCAGUCAUUGGCUUAUCAGAAUUCUGCAUUUAGACGUCAGCCGAUGUAA